CGCCACAAACAGUUUUUAGCCGCGGAGCCAGUAAGACGUGUUCACUCCCCAGCCCGAAGACAGUUUCCAGAUCUCUGGAAGCGUUCUCUCUUGAGUCUGCGACACACGAACACACACACGUUUUAAGUGCUUUGACGAAAAAAGAUAAACCCCCUAUCCCGAUAUAUUGUUUGUGUUUUUAAAUAAGUUCUCGAAAAAGUUCUUUAUGAAAAAUGCAAAAGAAUUGAAAGUAACAUACAAAAAACUAAUGCACAAAAAAUAACCAACUCUGAGUGAAAUACAAAAAGAAAACUGCACAAAAAAUGCAAAAGUUUCUAAUAUUCAAAAUCUUGCACAAGAAAUACAAAAUAAAUUGAGUGAAACCCGUAAAAAGAAAAACGAGCAAAAUAACAACCAAAACGAACGAAGAACAAUAACAAAGAGCCAGGAAAAAAAAGAAAACAGAAGGAAGGAAGAGGAAAGAAGAGCCAGGCAAAAGCAGAAAGCGCAGGACACCCAUCCCCAUCCCUCAAAACACAGACACACACGCGGACAAUGGCCGUGCCCUUUUAUCUCCCCGAGGGCGGAGCCGAUGACAUUGCCUCGUCGGGCGCCUCGGGCUCCUCUUCGGGUGCAUCCUCAUCGGGUGCCUCCACCUCAUCGGCAGGUUCCUCGGACGGUGCCAGCAGCAUUGCCUCCCAGUCGCCAAACACCACCACCUCGGCCACGCAGACGCCGAUGCAGUCCCCACUGCCCCCGGACCAGGUGCUCUAUGCCCUCUGCGAGUGGGUGCGCCUCUACCACAGCCAGCAGAGCCCCCCGCAAAUCUUCCAGUAUCCACCGCCACCGAGUCCCUCCUGCAACUUCCCCGUCGGCGAUGUCUUCUUCCCACACGGCCCACCGCCCGUGCCGCCGCGGACACCGCGCACCAGCGUCAGCUUUGCCGCCGGCGAGGAGUACAACUUCUUCCGGCAGCAGACACAGCCGCCAUAUCCGGCGCCGUCCACGCCGCAGCCAAUGCCACCGCAGCCGCCGCAGUCGGCGCCACCGAUGCACUACAGCCACAGCUUUCCGCAGCAGUCGCCGCACUUGCUGCAGCACCACCAUCCCGCCUCCGUUUACGGCAUGGGCCAGCACCAGCCGGGUCCCGGGUCCUACUAUGCCACCUACACGCCACCCCCCACACCGAACACGGCCAAUGCCGGCACCUCGACCUCAUCGGCGGCCUUUGGGUGGCACAACCAUGGCCCCCAGCUGGCAUCGACGCCGCUGACGGCGCCAAUGGGCUCCAAGAUGCGGCUGCAGCGCAGCCAGUCGGAUGCAGCCAGACGCAAGCGACUGACCUCGACGGGCGAGGAUGAGCGCGAGUAUCAGAGCGAUCAUGAGACCAGCUGGGAUGAUGAGUACGAUGAUCGUUAUGACAAUUUUACGGCCGGACGCGAGCGUCUGCAGGAGUUCAACGGACGGAUACCACCACGGAAGAAGAAGAACAGUCACAGCAGCAGCAACAACAACAACAAUCCAAUCAGCCAAAAUAAUUUCCAACUCCAUUCAUCGAAUGCAGAGUGCAGCAGCAGCAGCGGCGGCGGCGGCAGUGCCAGUCACAGCCACAGCCACAGCCACAGCAACAGCAGCAACAGUCAGAGAGAGCGAUCGGAAGCUGAGAAGAAGAAACCACAAAGCUUCACCUGGCCAACCGUUGUGACCGUGUUCGUGCUGGCCAUGGGCUGUGGCUUCUUUGCGGCGCGAUGAAACCCCUGGAUACGUGGAUAUGUGUAACCGAAUGAUCUAUAGUGAAAUCAGCUAGUAUAUAGGAUAUAUAAAACGAUCUAUACAUAGAUAUAGCGAAACCGUAACAUAAGUGCAACGAAUUUAUUGAAAGCAGAAAGUCAUUAAUUCGUAAAGCGAUUGUUAAAUAUACAUACAUACAUACAUACAUAAAUACAUACUUGCAUACAUAUACCGAUACCGAUACGAUUAAGAGGGUUGACGGGACACAAGAACAAUAUAUUCGAUCUGUCUAGGGUAACUUUUGCAUUUGUACAAGUAUCUCCAGAAACAGGAACACAAUUUUCCUCCAAAACUGCUCAAAGUAAACGAAAACUCUCAGACUGGCAAAGUGACUAAGAAUGAAAGCCUAUUUUUUAUUGCGGAUACAUGUAUUUUUGUACAACUUUUUGAACACUUAAAUAUAUAAACACAAAUUAUGCAAGUACAAACACAAAACACAAACGAAAGAAACAAACAAAGGAAAACUGCCAACUCUUGAGAUACUUUUCGAUAUGAUUUUCGUUUUUUGCAUUUAAUUAUCUGAUAUUCCACCUGCAUUUUCUUCCACCCCGAAACAAUUUCAAUGUCUUCGCUUUUGUGAUUUCGAAUCGCAAGCAAAAUGAAUUAUAUAUAUAUUUUAAAUAUUUGUUUAAUUAGUAGAAAUUUUUAAGCAUAAGCCCCACACAGCAAAAAGAUCACACGCCUAGCUUUAAUUGUUAAAAAACAAACGCAGAGAAAAAUCAUAAAAAAAAACCACAAACAAACAAUGUUUAAGUUAGUUUUUAUUUGUAUAUAGUUUUUAUGCCAUUUUUGUGAUGUUUUGUGUCUACGGUUUAUGUCAUGUUAUUUUAGUUAAAUUUCGUAUGAUUUAUGUUUUUUUUUUGUCAUUGUUCAUCAUUGUCUUCAAAUUGGUCUCACAAUUUAGUCGUUUAAGCCCCAAUGCCCGGGAAAUGUCCAGCUGGGAAAUGUCCUCUGAAAUACGUUGCCAUUCUCGAAUCUUUUUUGGAACACGCACACAAAUGAUCUCUCCCAAAUGGAAAUUAAUGGAAACGAUAGCCAAAGUAAAAGAAAAAAAAGGAAUUCAAAUGAAAGAGAACCCGGGCCAACCCAUUGUCAGAGGGGAGUCUUCCGUAUUUGCUGGUAUUUCCCGGGCGUUUCAAUGCUAAUUGAAUACACAACGUGAACAUGAAAGCGAAAAUAGUGAAAAAAAUCAAAAGAAAAGUAAAAACAAUUCCCAAAAAUCGCAUUGAUCUCAUGGAUUUAUACAAUACACACAGUUUUUACAAUGAGAAAAAAUACAAUACAAAAUAAGAGAAGAAGAAAAUGAAAAGUGAAACAGAGAGCGAGAGAGAGAGAGAGAGCGAGAGAGAAACGAAAAACAAGAGUUAAGUGUAAGAAAAGUCUAAGCUUAAGUUCGCCAAGCGUUUUAGUUCUAAAUUCUACAGCGUUUAAGGUAGAUUUAGUGAGUUUUUCAUGCGUUUAUUUUGUACAUACAUACAUACAUACCUAAAGCAAUAUUAUUCUGUGUAGCCAUAAGCGAUAGCCCAGACUCUAGAUAUAUAUACCCGGAGCCAUACCAAUUUUCAACCCCAGCCCUAGAUAUACAUACAUACACUUUCAAGAAAAAUAGAACACUACACUUCUCAACUUAUGAACUAAUCAUGAAACACACACACACACAUACAUACAUAUGUACACCACUUCCAAAACCCAAUGAAAAAUUAUUUUUGUAAAUUUGUUGCAUCAAAUGAACCGAAAAAGGCGGGAGCCUGUCUUCCCCUCCGGUUCAUUGCCAAUUAGUUUUCACAAUGAUCUCGGUAAAGUUUUGUGGCCUAGCAUGGCCCAGAAGUCAAGAUAGAAAUAUUGAUUUUUGGCCUGCCAUGAAUACUGGAACAAAAAGUUAAAGGAAAGCAGAAGCAGAAUCAGAAGCAAAAGCAAACUAUAUUUUUGACCCGAUGCGACUUGAUCCGUUUGUUAAAUUUAAGUAUCUUUACUCGACCCUGUACAUAGCGCGCAGUUCGAAUCAUAGAAUCAAAUGCCAUUUUUGUAUAGAAUUUUGUUUGGUGCCAAAACAGUGACAGAUAAUUGUCUGCGAACAUAUUAUAUACACACACACACACACACACAUACAUAUUAUACAUACUAGAAUUUAUUUACGAUAAGCUCUAUCCUAAGUUCAACAAUUCAGCAAUUUUUCAAUUCAAUUCAAUUCAAUUUAGCAAAUAAUUUUCUGUUUUUGUUUCGUGUUCGGAUGAAGCGGAAAACUUCGUUUAAUUGUACAUUUUACAUAUUAUGCUGUAAUAUUUUAAUAUGCAUAAAUAAUAUCAUUAUUGAUCUCAUGAAUAUGUUCAUAAGACAAAAUAAGCAGCAAACAUUAUCUGUAUAAAUACGAUUACUCUUACAUUUGAGCCUCCAUGUGUGUGCUUAUGUGUAAAUGAAAUACAAGUGCAUAAAUUUAACAUGUAAGAUUUACAGAACAAACAAAAUAAAAUAAAAUAAA